AUGUUCAAGAGAUCUUUGAUAUUUUUGGUAAUAUCCAUAUUUAGUAUAGCCCUAGUUGUAUACAAGAGAGUAAAGCAUGAAAGCGUGAACGGGGAGUACUAUAAUGUGGGAGGAAAUAUCGGUGGCGCAGGAGGCAGGUCUCCAUGGGGGGGAGCGCAUGAGUGUAGCUUGAGUGGAGAAAUUUGCACCAUGGAUUACAGCGAUAUUGGUACCGAACAAGAUGAAUACAAAAUUGUACAUUACAAGGGCACACGAAUUAACAAAGUAAAGAAAGGAUUCAAGCAAAUUUUCCAACCCUUCUUCAAAGAAAUGAAAUGUAAAAAGAAUAGCAAGCAUAUCAUUUCUUUAUUUUUAGAGUUCUUUGAAAAUUCGAAAGUUUUUUUAACAGUCUUCUUGCGCUCAAGUUAUCAUAUGCUUUAUGCCUACGGAAUACUGUUAAUAUCUUUCCUUAAAAUUCUCUUCCUAUGGUAUAUAAUUCUAGAGCCAUAUAUGCAGUGGCUCCUUCUGAAACUAAAAAUAAUGUAUGUAAAUUUGGACCAAAAAACGAAGAAGUACGUUGUGACCAUGCUGUGCACUUUUUUAAGUGUUCUUUAUUUGAUUCAUUCUGGAGUUAUAAAAUAUAUUUUAAAUAAGAUUUCCAAGUUUUACAUAUAUUUGCUUAGGAAAGUGUUCAGAAUUAAUAAAUUUUUGUUCAAUAUAUUACCAUAUUUGUUAAGCUCCCUAUUGUACGUCACUUUGGUAAAGACCCUACCGAUGUCGUUCAUUUCGUUCUUUAUCUAUUCGAUCUUUUUUCCCCUGCCUUCCAUCUACUCUGUUAUUAUUAUUUUGAAAUAUGUAUACCCGUCCAAAAUUAGCGAGUACCUUGCUGACAGCGUUACAGAGAAGUUGAAUUCUUCCAAGUAUGUUAAUGCUAUGAGUCAGUAUGUCAUCCUGAGGGAUGGCGAAUUGGUGGAAGAAGACCAAGUAGAGAAGGCAGGCGAAGGUGGAGAAACGAAUGAAGUUGAAAAGGCGAAUGGAGGAGAAAAAGCGAUUGAGGCAGAAAAGGCCAAUGGAGAAGAAAAAGUGAUCGAGGAAGAAAAGGCCAAUGGAGAAGAAAAAGUGAAUGGUGUUGAAAAAGCGGAUGAAGUGGAAAAAGAAAAUGAUCACACAGAAACUGAGCUGAAAACAGAUGAGCUUAAGGAUAACCAUCCCAGCGGCUCAAAGAAGAAAAAAUUCUCUCUCAUCAGCCUAGAAAAUUUUGUCUUUAAAUCCAGAAAGAAGGACCGAAGCGGAAAAGUGACCGAAAACGAGAAUCAGGAUGAGGGGGAAAUGGCAGACCCCCCCGCAAGCAAACGAAAACAAAGCAGCAUUUGUGAAUCUGUAGGAGAACCCAAAGGGGAGGGAGAGAACAGGGACUCACACUACGAUGUACCCAUUUUGCUAGAAUAUUGGCUCUUUAUAAACAUUUUAAAAUUUUUAAAUUUUUUUUUCUUUUUCCGCAAUUAUAGCAAAACCUCGUUCAUGUUUGAAUAUUUUACCUUGUUCGUAAUAUGCCUGAACGUUAGCGAAAAGUUGCACGAAUUUGUCUUCCUAAAAGAUUACAAAUCGUCUAUCCUGGUUCGCAUUUUGAAGAGUGUGUUAGUGAGCACAGUCGAUUUUGUCUUGUACACCUUAUUCAACGUCAGACUGGAAAACGAAGGAAAGAAAGGGAAUAAAAGCGUAGAACAAGAUAUGCAAAAUAACGAGAGAAGCAAUUUACUAAUUAAUCUAUCAAAAAUAGUAAAGGAUAAAUUGAAGUUAAACGAAACAGUUAAAUUCAGCCUUACGUGUCUCAAGUCAGUUAUUAUGGAAAAUGUGGUUGAAAGUGUUCAGGUGCCAUUUUAUAUAAAAAUUUUCAUUAACCUUUUACUAUACAUGCCGCAGCUUAUCCUUUUAAUUUUCCCGUCCUUUAUCCUUAAAAUAUAUUUUGCUUAUUUCUUUUUUAUUUUCCCAAUAUUUGGAUCUCUCAAAUGUUUAGAAGAAAAAAAUUCAAUACAUAACAAGAUUUACUUCAUAUGUUAUUUUUUCUUUUACAACAUUGCCUCGGCCACUGUAAACCAUGCCUUUUUCAAGUGUUUGCCUUUUUACAAUUUAUACAAAAUUAUAAUUACGAUAUCUGUCCAAACAAUUCUUAAAUAUAUUUUUAAUGUCAUUCAGGUCAAGAGUUAA